AAAGAAGAAGAAGAAGAAGAAGAAUGUAUGGAGACGGAGUUUAGUGUUAUUUGUUUAUAUUUUGGAAUUAACCAUUUGCUAAAUUCCUCCCUCCAAUUAAGUUAUCAUCCUUCUCAGUGAUAUUGUAUAUGAUGCACGGACCGAAUUUCUCAAAUCUUUUCCCAUCGCGGAGCAGUGCAAUCAUAUUUGUGUCUUACAUUGCGCUGUUUGUGAAUCAAGGCAUCCUGGUUACAGCGUCUCAGAGUGAAGACAAUAAUUAUAGUUUCAACACAGUUACUGUGGUGCUGUUCACAGAAAUACUUAAAUUACUCAUUUCCGCUUGCCUCUAUUGCAAAGAAAACUCCUUAAAGUCAUUGUGGAGCGAAGUUAUUACGGGAUCAAAAGUUGUCUUACUGUACUUCGUGCCAGCUUUUCUAUAUUGCUUAUAUAACAAUUUAGCAUUUGUGAAUUUAUCAAAAUUCGAUCCGACCACAUACUACCUUCUGCUCCAGUUUCGUGUUGUGAUAACUGGGAUCUUGUUUCAAAUAAUAUUCAAGAAGUACUUGAGUCGGAGGCAGUGGUUCUCCCUUCUUCUUCUCACUAUUGGCUGUAUGGUGAAGCAAAUGAAUUUUUCCAAAGAUGAGACUAGUGAGCAUGUACCUAAUGCAAAGAACACCUCAGGCUUUGAUUUUAGCAUUAAUGCUGUAUUUAUCUUAACUCAAACACUCUGCUCAUGUCUGGCAGGUGUUUACAAUGAAUAUCUAUUGAAGAAGGAAGACACAAAUGUUAAUAUCUAUGUGCAAAAUGUUAUAAUGUAUCUCGAUUCUAUCGUAUGCAAUGUGAGUGUAUUGCUAUUUCAAGGGGACCUUGUCGAUGCAUUUCAGAUGGAUAGCCUGAGAGCUGUGUUUAGACUUAAUGUUAUUGUUAUAAUGGUAAACAAUGCAGCCAUAGGUAUAGUUACGAGUUUUUUCCUUAAAUACAUGAACUCAAUUAUAAAGACAUUUGCCAGUGCCCUAGAGCUCUUUUUCACAGCAAUCCUGUGUUAUAUUCUUUUCUCAAUACCAAUAUAUUUAAAUACCAUUCUCGCCAUCGGUAUUGUAUCAUUUGCUGUAUUCAUGUAUUCACAAAAUCCUGUGGUAAAUCUUCCUACAUCAUCGACAAAAAUCACAAGUACUACCGCAAUUAAGGAAGAUACUCAGAAGUUGCUAAUGGCUGAAGAGGGUGAAAUUCAAGAUCAAUCAUAAUAUACUCAACACUUUCAUAUUAGUGUAAUAGUCUUCUUUUCAGUAAACGACGUUUUGCGCAAAUAAUCAUGAGAGACGUCUUUUUUUUAUUUAGGGACUCAGAGAAGAUUUCUCCAAUAAGGACAAUUUGUCAAUUUUCCAAAGAUAAUAAAAUGGAGAAAGAAACACAAAAAAUGUAGGAAAUAAUUAAACUAUAGUCCGGACUAUUGAUUUUUUCUUCUGAUAAAUUCAAAACUUCUUCAGUGAUACUAUAAUGGAAAUUUUAAGAUGUGUAAAAUUUGUUACUGGCUUAACUGGCAUAUUAUUUAUAAAAUGAGUCAUUUUCUUAAUUAUAUAAGUUUUUAUUAAUAAAUGGAACUCAGUAUGAAAUAUUUGUGAAACGUGAUUAAAAACUAUAUGAAUAUAGAAUGUAUAAUUGACAAACCAAGCACAAUGCUUGAUACAUUUUAAAUAAAAUACUUAUUACUCAAUAUAAUUGGGAAAGACUUAACACAAAAAUUCUCUCUCAAACCAUGGGGAUAUUAAUAAAUAUAAUGUAUACAUAGUUUCUAAAGUGUGGAGAAAAUAUCCAAUAAGUCUCAACGGGUAAAAGUAUGGUGAAACCCUUUUGUGGUUGUUCAAAGCAAAAGUUCUCUGACUCACUUGAAAUGUUGCCCAGUGUUGCCUUCUCUUUGCUAAUUGUUCUCACACUAGAAACAUCGGAUUUUGGGUCUUCUUCCUAUUCAUUUCUACUUAUUGUUUCAAUGAAUUACAAAAUGUAUUUACUGUUUUUCCCCAUCUUAUUUAUUGGUGAAGUUCUUUUUUUAUAUUGUAUAUUUCGUGUCUCAAAAGGGUAAAGUUUUCAUUUAUGAGGCCAUAAACUAAUUCAAUUAUGUGGUGUUUAAUUAAUGAAGUAAUGAAAUAUUACCAAAAUUCCUAUAAUUCUCUGGACAUGUUCAGAGUUCUUCGCUUCUCCCUCAUCUUAUUUGCGUAAGACUGAAUUUAAUAGUGAUUAUAAUUAAAUAACGGAAAGGAAAUGUAUGUAAAUUGUAAAGAAUAUAAAAAAAUUGACCAAAUAAAAAUAUUUAUAAUUUUAUUAUUAUA